AUGGAAAAUAUUAAAAUUGAACAGUUAGAAUUAGAAAUAUUGGACGGAAAUCUAUCAAACGAUCUUCAAGCAAAUAAUCCAUUAUUAAUUAAAAAAGAAGACAUUAAUGCUGAUCAAUUUCCAACAGAAUCAGAAAUUAAAAACGACAAAUUUGGACAUAACUCUUCAUUAACUCAACAUAAACGAAUUCAUACAGGCGAGAAACCUUUUGCUUGUAAUAUUUGUCACAGGGAGUUUGCAAAUAGCUCAGCAUUAACUCAACAUAAACGAAUUCAUACAGGUGAGAAACCGUUUGCUUGUAAUAUUUGCAACAGGAAGUUUGGACAAAAUUCAACAUUAACGCAACAUAAACGAACUCAUACCGGAGAGAAACCGUUUGAUUGUGAUAUUUGUGAUAGGAAGUUUGCACGUAGUUGUUCUUUAAGUCAACAUAAACGAAUUCAUACUGGAGAGAAACCUUUUGCUUGUAGUAUUUGUAACAAGGAGUUCACGCAAAACUCAUCAUUGGUUUACCAUAAACGAAUUCAUACAGGAGAAGAACCUGUUUCUUGA